CGCUGCCCUUCCUUCUCCAGAAUGUGCUGGUGGUAAUCGCUUCUUUAUAGCCGCAGCCUGGUGCUAAAGGUCUGGAGAGCUACGAGGCGGCUGCACGCUGCAGAUAUCUCCAAAAUAACAGCAUCUAUCCAGCUACACUUUAGCUAGAUUCACAAAGACACGGCAUAGCUUUACUGAAGCUAACUAAUAACGUUAUUAACUAAAGAACCAGCAGCACAGGGACACGACUAUAAUAAUAACACAACAGCGACCACCUGACUGACUCUGCAGCAGCAGCAGCAGCAGCAGCAGCCCGGGAUUGUGGUAGAUUAACUCGGGUUUGAGGAGUUACUUUCACCCAGAAACCAGAAGAGCUGUGGAAGACCCUGAGAGGAGACAAACAUGACUGCAGAAGAAGUUGCCAAUGAUGGAAAUAGCAUCCCUAUGGAGGGAGAGGACAUAACUCCUAAAAAAGAUGGAGGAGUUCUGAAGUUGGUGAAAAAGGAAGGCACGGGUACAGAGCUGCCGAUGACGGGAGAUAAGGUGUUUGUGCACUAUGUUGGUACACUGUUGGAUGGCACACAGUUUGAUUCCAGCCGUGAUCGUGGAGAGAAGUUCUCAUUUGAGUUGGGGAAAGGUCAGGUGAUUAAAGCUUGGGAUAUUGGUGUUGCCACAAUGCGCAUCGGUGAGAUCUGUCAAUUGUUCUGCAAACCUGAGUAUGCCUAUGGAGCUGCUGGCAGCCCACCCAAAAUCCCACCCAAUUCUACCCUCAUAUUCCAGGUUGAAUUGUUUGAGUUUCAUGGUGAGGACAUCACUGAUGAGGAAGAUGGCGGAAUUGUCCGUAGAAUCAUAACCAAAGGAGAGGGUUACACUAAACCCAAUGAGGGAGCUUCUGUGGAUGUGCAUCUGGAGGGCCAGUAUGAGGGUCGUGUGUUCGAUGAUCGAGACCUGAAGUUUGAGGUGGGAGAUGGAGAGAAUCUUGACCUGCCGCCAGGUGUGGAGAAAGCCCUGCAGGCUAUGGAGCAGGGAGAGGAGUCUUUAUUCACCAUCAAGCCAAAAUAUGGAUUUGGAAAUACUGGAUAUGCCAAAUUCAAUAUUCCUCCUGGUGCAACCCUGCAGUACAAAAUCAAACUGACAGCUUUUGAAAAGGCAAAAGAAUCUUGGGAGAUGAACACUUGUGAGAAACUGGAGCAGAGCACAAUCGUAAAAGAGAAAGGAACACAGUACUUCAAAGAUGGCAAGUAUAAGCAGGCAGCAGUGCAGUAUAAGCGUAUUGUGUCCUGGCUGGAGCAUGAGUCCAGUCUGCAGGGGGAGGACGAAGAGAAGGCCAAAGCUCUGCGGUUGGCAGCUCACCUCAACCUGUCCAUGUGCUACCUAAAACUACACGAUCCCAACCCUGCUCUCGAAAACUGUGACAAGGCACUGGAAUUGAGUGUGAAUAACGAGAAGGCUCUGUUCAGGAGAGGAGAGGCGCUUUUUGUGAUGAAGGAAUUUGAAAGAGCAAAAGAUGACUUUCAGCGUGUCAUACAGCUCUACCCAUCCAACAAGGCUGCAAAGAGCCAAGUGGUGCUGUGCCAGAAACACAUCAAGGAGCAACACGAGAAGGACAAGCGUCUGUACGCGAACAUGUUCCAGAAGUUUGCAGAAAGAGAUGCUAAAAAAGAAGCAGAGCAGGCAAAGAAAGAGCCUGACAGUGUAAUGGAGAUCGAGGAAAAUGGUGCUCAGGAGCAAACUGCAGCAUAAGGAGGGUGCUAACUCUGGUGUGCUUGUGUGUAUAUUUCAUUUUUUUAAGAUAUUUUUUUGUACCUGCUAUAAAUUGUUCCUCAGAGAUGAGUGCGCGAGUGUGCUUGUAAAUUCGAAUGUCUGACCUGGAUGUAGAUUAUCGUUUGCUUUCUGCCCUUCCUCUAGUCCUUGCUGGCAGAGUCUGCAUUGAAACUGUUUGUAAAUGUGUUUGUGAGGCAGCUAGCUGGCCCAGCUUUGUACUGUGCUGCUACUCUGUGUGGCGUGAGCAAGGUGUAAGAUUUGAAGGUUGUAAAUGCUGACUACAGCCCUAUUCAUCUAAUAGCCAAUACUGCAGCCUUUGAUUCUGGCCUGAUGCCAGAUUUUGGAGCAUCGUUAUGUAGCGCUGCUGUACUGUUUAGAACAUUUUCUGUUCUGCUGGUAAACCUAAAAUGCAUGGAAACUGUCGGCAGGGCAACAAGACUGUUUGUUUUUUUGGUAUUAAUGAUCUUUAUGGUUUGUAUGCAUUUGAUAUCUAUGUAUUUCUAUCACGGUUUACUGUCCAUAGAGUUGUUGAGCUGUAUGAUUUGCAUUCUUCUAAUUGGACUUCUAACGUUUGACUCUCAUGAACUCUUUAUGAUAAGACAACCUACACACAGGAGCUUUUCACCAAGGAGAACGUCUGAGUGACUGCACUUAAUGUUUCUUCUGAGUGUAGCGCGUUUACAUGAAGUUUUUACGGGCAGGUGCGGAGAACGUCUCUGAACUGACCUAAUGAAACUUUUUGUUCCAGUCUGCUUUACUUUGCGUUCAACACAGUUUUGUCGAGUGUGUUAAUGUUAGACCCGAGUCAACUUGGACCAGGAUCCUGGAUAGCAGCUUCUUCUGGAAAACAAAACCUACCCAAGUUUAUGGAACAGACUGGAAAUGACCAUAAACAUGCCUCUCAGCUGUCCUGUAUUAUAGACAUCCCUGCUGGCAACAGAUUAUGUGGAAGAGCAAGAGACACACGAAUGAGUAGCUCUGAUAAAGUCUCACUUGCUCCACAAUUUUGAAUAAAAGAAUAAGAGCUA